AUGGCCGGCGUCCGAUGGAACCCAUGGGACCGAGGGUACUCGGGCCUCGAGGUCGAGCAGAUGGGCUUCCUCCACAAGACGUACUGCGAGGUGUACAACGUGGACCCGAAGGACCUCCCGCACAUCCUGCAGAUGGACGACAAGUUCCGCGUCCCGCUCUACUCGCCGCAGGUCGCCGACUUUGACGAGCACACGUUCGUGCGCAAGAUGCAGGACAUGACGGGUUUGCUCAAGAACCCGGCCGAGGGCAUCAUCUCGAGCAUCUGCGCGUACCAGAAGGACCGCCACGAGCGCGUUCUCUUCAACGCGUACCUCAACGACCCGCGGACGCUGCUCCUCGAAGAGAUCAAGGCGUGGGCGCUCAACACGCUCGCGUCCGCGACGUGCACGACCGAGUACAUUGUCAACCAGGUCGAGUGCCGGAUGCAGUACAUCAAGAAGAUCCAAUAUGGUCAGCAAAAGCUCUUUACGAGCGGGUCGGGCGAGCGGUCGCUCAUGGCGACGCUCAAGGACGUGCGCGAGAUCCUCGAAUACCGCGUGCUGCCCAUCAUCGAGACGGAGCGGGCGCAUGCGUCGGCCAAGGAGCAGCUCACGAUCCUCGAAGCGAAGGGCACGGACGCGCUCAUCCACGGCGUCCAGUUCCUCUUUUAUGUCUUCCGUAACACGCCCAACGCGCCCAACGACUGCACGAUUAGCAACCUCCAGUCGCAGCAGCAUGCGGCCAUGAAGGACGCAAUGAACACCAAGUCGGGGCAGAUGAUGCAGUUGCUGCUCAACACGCCGUCGUUCAAGGAACUCUUCCCCGAGAGUCCGUAUGCAACCAACCAAAAAGACAAGGCGCCGCAGCCGCUCCUGCUGCAGUGGACGCCCGAGGAGGCCAAGGCCAUGGAGACCUCGGCAGUCUUUUGCGACAUGGACACGACGGCCAUCAUUCCCGCGGUGCUCACCAAGAGCAACUCGCAGAUCGCGCCCGUCGAGUUCUUCAAGGCCUCCAACUCGGGCCUUGUUGCGCUCCCCGCCGAUAGCGCGCCGACGGCCUACGAGUCGUUCGUUCGCAUGCACGGCAUGCUCAAGCUCAUGGCCGACUUGAUUGUGAGCUGCCGCAAGGCGCGGCUUCUCGCGGGCCCCGGCGGCGACCUCCUCGUGUAUGGCCCCGGCGGCGACGAGGUCCGGCGGCUCAUGCAGUCGUGGCAAGCCGUGCAGGGCGAGAUGCGUCGGCUUGUGAACGACAUGACGCAGCUCGGCGUGCAGGAGCUCGACAAGAUGAAGUCGACGCAGGAGCGCAACUGGCGCCACUGCUUCAAAGAAGUGCUGAGUUUGCAAAACUACAUUGCAAACGACAUUGCGGCGACGGUCGAGCCGAUCCAGAUGAUCCACCGCAACACGGACCCGGCGCGCGUCCAGCGGCUCUUGCACGAGUUUCGGGAAGCGACUGGGCACUGGGUCAACGAGAACAGCACGAUCUGCAACCAGAUCAGCGGCACGCUGGGGCUGCCCAUGGUGGUUGACGGCCAGCGCGUCUUGCACAAGCCCGAGAUUACGAUGAUUGAAGAAGGCGACGAAGGCGAACCGGAAGGCGAGACCGUUCUCAACACCGCCAUGGUGGUGGCGCGCGCGCCAAAAUCCAACCCGACGCCACCGACGACAACCGCAGUCGUCAAGCCACGCGCGUCGACAUUCCAGGAAGAGUCGACGAACCUCGUCAAAGGCAUUGGCAACUCGGUCUUUUCACUCUUUGGCGUCUCGACCACGUCGGCGCAGAGUGCCAACACGACGUCCGAGAUGCUGCUGCCGGACGUGGCCGUGCCGCCGGCGCCCAAGUCGGCGCCGAUUUCGCGCAACGACGCGGCGCCCGAGCCGCCCAUGGGUGCUCUGGAUUCGCUGCUUUUGGUGCGGCAAGUCGUCCAAGCCAUUGGCGCGCUCUCGUGGAACACGCGGUCGACCGUGCAGACAACGAUCCACCUCGACGAUCGCAGUGAGAUGGACGCAUUCAACAUUCUCUGCGCCGUGUACGAGGCCGUCGGCGUCGUGACGUCGCCGACGCUCCUCUCGCAGCUGCAGCAGUACCGCCAGCAGCUGUUGCACGUGCUCGGCAUGUACUUGCGCUUCCUCCUCAACGGCGUCUCGGUGCUCCAGCAGCGCAUGGUGCAGCAAGACAGCCUCCGGUCGCUGCAAGGCAUGCUACUGCUCAUGCAGCGCCUCGAGCCGAGCUGCGUCGAGUUGCAAAGCGAGCUCGGGAAGCUCCAAGCGUCGUUCGAUAUGAUGAUGGACGCGUGUGCUGAGAUGAAGGCGGGCAUGCAAGAGGUGCUCAACACGACGCCGCUCCUCGACCCGCGGGAAGAGACGGAUGGCCCGGCCAUGUAUGCACUCAACAGCAUCGGGUCGCUCUCCAACAUGGGCUGGAACAAGACCAACACCCCGUCGCCCGCGAUCCAGUCGCACAUGGCGUACAUGGACCAAAUGGGGACGCAAAUGGGCUACCACAAACAAAACCUCGCGGGGCUGCAGCAGAUGAUUGGCGAAGGCGCUGCGGCGAUUGAGAAGGCCGAGACCAAGCUCCAGUGCCUCGUGGACGACUUUACGUACCGCAAGCUGCAGCUCGAAGCCAAGAUGAAGGCGUCGCUCGAUCCCAAGGGCGUCACGCAAGCCAUGCCCAAUAUUUAUGCCGAUAUUGGAUAUAUCUUUGGGGCGGUCUACGAAGGCUUCCAGCCACCGCUGUACAACGAGAGCGUCGACAAGUGCGUGGACGAUUUCUUCCACCAAGAGACCAAGCACCUCAAGGCCGUGCUCAGCCUGCUUUAG